AUGGGAUCCCAGCAUUUGAGACCUGUGCAUCUGCUCUGCCUCCUAGGGGCCAUCUCUUCUCUACCUUGGGCUGAUACUCUUUUGUGCUAUGAAGCAAGAGCCUCAGCAUUCAGAGCUGUUACCUUCCAUAACUGGAGGUGGCUUCUGAUGAGGAGCAUGGUGUGUAAGCUGAGAGAAGGCUGUGAGGAGACACUAGUGCUCAUUGAGUCAGGGACCAGAAGGGGAGUUGUGGGGUUUAAAGGCUGCACUUCAAGCUUAUCUUACCAUCAACAAGUCUCCUACCUUGUUUCACCUCCUGGAGUGUCCAUUGCCUCCUAUAGUCACGUUUGCCGGACCUUUCUCUGCAAUAACCUCACCAACUUGCAGCCUUUUGUGAGGCUCAAGGCCAAAUCUGCUAAGUCUACCUCAAGUUCUUCGAAUACUUGCCCAACGUGUGUGGGCAGGCACAAUGAGGAGUGUCUUCCAAAUUUUGUCUCCUCUGAGACUUGUCCCUCUGUUGCCCAUAGCUGUUUCAGUUCCACCUUCAAAUUUCAGGCAGGGACGCUCAAUACCACCUUCCUCAUCUUGGGCUGUGCUCGUAAAUAUCAGAAUCUCUUAUCAGAUUUUCAUCAUAUUGGAAGUAUCAAAGUGACUGAGGUCCUCAACAUCAUACAGAAGUCCCAGACUGUUGGUGCGGGGCCCUCUAGUCAAGAUCCUUCUUGGGGAAUUCUCUUAGGCCUCCUGCUUGUCUUCAGGUACUGA